CGUCUGUUCGUUUCCAUCUCCAACUCCCACACGACGAACUCGAGGGCGAAGACGGCGGCGUUUCAUCUGGCGUCGGAACCAGUUCUCAUCGGCGUCUGCGACAUGGAGGCGCGUCGGCGACGAUCCUCCAGAUUACGGUUCAUAUGGGGAUUACUUCAGUGUUGAGAUAAUACAUGGUGGGUUCUUUUGCGGCAUGGCCAGAAAUAGAACAUAUUUGGAUGGUAAGAAGGAUUGGUUUGACUAUUGUGAAGCUGACACAUGGUCAAUGCUCUGGAUAGAAGACUUUGUGAAGCAAUUAGGGUAUGGUAGAGAGUAUGCUAAGCUCAGAUUCUACUGGUGUCAGACAGGGAAGACUCUGGUGGAUGGUCUGGUUGCUUUGAGAGGUGACAAAGACAUGGUUUUAAUGAUUCAAGCCACUGCUCAGUGUAAAAAUCUGGUAGUUUACAUUGAUCAUGUCAGGUUUUUAGAAAUGCAGAAUGUGGAUAAUGUGCUUGCAGAUGGUUUGAGGCCUUUGCCUUCUGUGAUUAGUCCAAGAAAAGUGAUACAUUUGGAUGUGGAAGGUGAAAAGGUUCCUCAUUUUUAUGCUGAAUUGAACAAACAGGUUACACCAAAGAAGAGGACAAGGUCUAAUAGAGAACCCAGUGAUGAUGAUAGAGAUUACUCUGAUGAUUCAGAUGAUAGUGAUCUGGACUCUGACUUUGUCGACAGUGACUUUGAGCCAGAUAAAGAUGAUGAUGACUUGUAUCAUGAUUAUGCAGACAAGGAUGUGGAAGAUGAGCUGCCUGGUGAUAAGAAGCACAGCGCCAAGGGUAAAGGGAAUGUUGUGCCAGAUGGAGAUUUCAUUGAUGAUGUACCUGAGGAGGCAGAGCUGAAAUUACCUGAGGAUGAGGAUGAGGUGCAGAAGAAGUUCAACUUCAGUGAAUUUAAUAAAGAUGUUGAUAUGGAGAACCCAAAGUUCAGGGUAGGGCAGAUAUUUGCAAACAUUCAGAUGCUGAGGCAGGCCCUGUCUUCAUACUGUGUUAAAAACAGAGUGCAAGUGAAGAAGUUGAGGAAUGAGAAGAAGAGGCUAGAGGCCACAUGUUUAGUGGAUGGAUGUCCAUGGUAUUUGAAAGCAUCACUUGAUAGCAGGAGCAGCAGUUUCCUUGUGAAAACAUAUGAUUCAGUGCACACUUGUUCUAGGAAGUGGGAGGUCAAGAAUUUGACAGCCCCUUUUCUUGCAAACUUAUUUGUUGAUGAAUUUAGGGAUGAUGAGAAGAUGUCACUGAAACAUUUGCAAGUAAGGUGCAAAGGAAGUUCAACUUGACACCUAGAAGAAUGAAAUUGGAUUGUGUGGAUUGUGAACUUUGUUGUUGCGAAGAGUGCGAGAACUACCACAACCUUGG